UUGAGACUGUUCUAAAAUAUGUUUGCGUGACUAUUUUAGUGUAAAUUUGUGGUAAUUUUUAGGUUAUAAAGUGUGAUUCCCGGUUUUUCAGUUAAACUCAAUAAAAAUGGAUAAUAACUUGGAUAGAUCAGUGAGACUUCUUGAGGAUGCUCUCUCCACCUCAGGGAGAGGUUUAUUCAAAACAAACACCUCGAAAAAACGCAAAGAUACAGUUAACAACAUGGAAAUUUCUCUAACGCUGCAUCCAUAUGAACUUAGGAAACUUAUGGAAGGUACUAUGGCAUUCGACGACACUAUGGAGUCAAUUUUACAAGAUAAAUCCAUAAGGGGGUCUGUUAUACAGGCUGAUUUGCCCUGGAAUAAUGCUCUCGAUAGUUUGUAUACAGAGUUCUUCGAAGUUCUACAAAGUCACUCUGGGGGACACGAUAUACUGGAAGUUGUGUCUGAUUUGGGGAGAUGUACUUCAGAUGCUUUGAAGAUUGUCGAGGGUUUGAAGUCAAAAGUAUCAGUGAGCAGUUUGGAUACAGAAAAGUGGCUGGAAAACGAGCGUAACACAUGGCGUUUGAUAUUUAUUUUAUAUCAAGACCGUCUUUUCUCGCAAAACGCGAUGGACGAUGACGACGCCCACAUUCAAUAUUUUGGAAAAUCGGAAAAACUGUGCGUACAGAGUUUAUUUAAACGUGACAGUUUGGUGCGGGAGAGCCAACUUGUUAUAGACUGGUUGGAAUGUAACGAAUCCGAUAGAGACGAUGAAGUGUUACAUUUUUCCGAUAGCACCACAGGUUGGGAGAAUACUUUGCAUCAACUGCAUUCGGCCAGUACCAUUGCCUUUGGGGCCAGUAGAGAAAUCGUCGAUAAAAUGGAUCCUGACGCUCCAAAUUAUCAAAGAAAACCCCUUCACGAUUUAGAUGUUGAAGAUGAGAAAAGACUAAGCCGAAGAAUAUUCAGAGAAAUUAGGUGCGGAAAACUCGAAGAAGCCCAAAGAUUAUGUCAACAAUGCGGCCACUCGUGGAAAGCCGCCAUUUUCGAAGGUUGGAGAUUAUACCACAACCCAAAUAUCAAAGAAAAUGGCGCCCAAGACGCAGACAUCGAAGUGGACGACGGCUACGAGGAAAUGCCGGCCGCAGAAAACGAGGAAAUCGAGGGAAAUCUCAACAGGGACAUUUGGAAGGCCAUGGCAAUGAAAUUCUGCAAGCAGGAUUGGCUGGAAAUGUUCGAUAGAGCCGCAAUAGGCGUAUUUUGCGGCUACGUUGAGCCCAUCCUCCCCGUGUGCAAAACCUGGGAGGACAAUUUAUGGGCUUACAUGAAGUCCAUCGUAGACAUCCGCGUGGAGUCCGAGAUUCGGGACUGCUGCGUCAGAAACGACAGCUACAUUCCCCUAUCGGAUGAAUACUGGGCUCAAAGGAUGUCUUUGAACGACGUUUUCGUCAGUUUGGACUCAUCCAAGAAUGUCAAAGUGAGGGAAGAGUCCAGAAAACCCGAGCAUAUAAUCCAGAAGUACAUAAUUCUGGACGAAAUACCGAAGUUGAUAAAUCAGUUGGAGGACUGGAUAGAGGAGUCCAAUUUGGACACGCAGUUUUUAAGAUUUGCCGCGCAUUUGGUUUUGUUUUUGGAGCAGAUCGGGCAGACUCAUCACAGCGUGGAAAAAAUAUUGGAAGCGUACAUAAGACGGUUAACUUUGAUGAAGGAAACGCAGUUGAUAGCUUAUUAUGUGAGCAAGUUAAGUCCGUCAAAUCAAGUACAAAUAUACGCGUUAUAUCUGGAAAAUAUUGUAGAAAACGAGGAGAGGAAGAAAGCUUUAAUGUACGCGGAAGACAGCUGUUUGGAUGUGUUAUCCAUAACAAAACAGGUGGUGGAAAAUAUAAGAAACAAACCCCAUGAAGUCGAAGGGUCUGGAAACUUACAGCACAAAAUCACCGAUAUCGAUACUUUUAAAGUUGGCGCUCUGGACUGGGUUCUUUUCUACGAAACGCAAAAAGUAGAGGCUCUUUACCAAAGCAACGCUCUUAUUUUCACGUUCCUGACUUUGGGAAAAAUUGAUGCAGCGCAAUUGGCUUACAAUAAGAUUCCGUCAGACUACGUGGAAAAAAUAGUAUCGGAAAGCGGCGGCGAGGGCGAGAUCGGGCAGGUGGUCAAAGAGCAUCUGAGCUACAAGGCGUACUUGAACGCGUGCGACGCUUUUAACGAGUGGUUCAUGCAGUGCAAGAAUAAACCGAACGCGCCGGAAGAUUUACCGGAAACUGCUCAGUUCACGGAAAAAGUCGCGCAGCAACACCGGGUGGCUCAGUACAAAGCGGAAGUCGAAAGAUGGAAACUUACAACAAACCAUCUAGCCAAAACUGCAAAAACCAUGUUGUAUAAUGUUUUAUUAUUCCCUGAGGGAUGGCUUAUUGGUGCCAAGGAUGCUGAAUAUUUAAGAUCUUCGUGUAUACCAGAAAUUGUAUUAUUGUUAUACACGGUUCUGUUUGAAUCUGGGCAGCACGAGGAAUGCGUCCAACUUGCCGAUAUUUUGGCGUCCGAAAAAUAUGGACUUUACAAAGUCUAUUCAAAGGAGAAACUUGGAGAAAUACUAGUAAAACUAUGUGAAAGCUCAGUAGAAUUACUAAACUCCAAAAAAGAUCCUUGGGGGAAUGAAGUUUCAGCCUAAAUUAUGUAUUUUAAUAAUUUUUCUACUGCUUAAAAUUUAAUAAUAAAUUGUUUUUAUAACGAA